CCUUUUCUUGACACAAUCUCCAUCCCCACAUUUUCUCCAACUCUCCGCAACUCCACACUCUGGCAACGGUUCUGUCGAAGCCGACAUGAACUACUAUCUCUGAAAGCAAGACAUUGCAAGGCUUGCUGCUAUCGCAUUGCUAUGCUAUUCUUUCUCAAGUUCUUGGUCAAGAUCGUACCUUUUGGUGUCGCGGACAGCCCAGUCAGCAUUGAAGUUCUAGAUCAUUAUGAUGAUCUCAUCAAGACUUGCCUUUAAUAAGUCGAUUGUUACUCUCGGCCAGGUAGAUGCUCCAACCUCGAUCAGCCUGGACAAGGACUUAACCGCGGAUUACCUAUACUACGCUAAGCAGUCAUGGCUCGUUAAGCCGAACGCGUUCCAUGUUGGGCUACCUUCAAUGAGCCCAGCAUCGGAAUGCCAUAUGCCAUAAAGCUUUCAAAUUUACAAUGGCUUGGCCAACAUCCUCAUGCCACACUCGGCCGUCCACAAGUGUUACAAACAAACCCUCGGUGUUACUGGGAAGGUCACCCUCAAAUUCGCAAACAACCUUGCAGUUCCACGUGAUCUCACGAAGAGCUCGGAUUUGGCAGCAGCGUCACGUUACCAAGACUUCAUUCUCGGUAUCAUGGCCAAUCCUCUGUUCCUCGGACAGCAGUGUCCUUCUGAAGUUCUGGCAACACCCAAUCUCAACUUGACUGCUCUGACCGCAGAUCAGAUCUCGUACUCCACUUUUGAUCUCUCUCAAUUUGCCUCUGAGCCUGCAGGCGGAUUCGCGAGCUACAUCAAUAAUAGCAGUGAUCCUCUCUGACCAAUAUGUGCCGACCUUACCGAGGUCCAACAAAACGGAUGGCAAAUCGGUCAGAAAUCUAAUGACUAUGCUUACAUUACGCCUCAAUACGUUUGUCAGCCAUUAGGCUACGUUUGGAACACUUUCAAGCCUUCCGGGAUCCUGAUCGCUGAGUUCGGCUUCAAUCCCUUCAUGGAGUCGGAGAAGAAGCCUGUAGAGCAGCUUUACGAUCUCGAGAGAUCGCUGUAUCAUGAAGGCUUCCUGAAAGAGACGCUAAAGUCCAUGCAUCUGGAUGGAGUCAAUGUUAUUGGUGGAAUUUUGUCGACAACAACGAGUUCGAGUCUUUUGAAAUCAGUAUGGUCUUUAGACGGUCAACAGGACCAGUGGCAAGUUUGAGAGGCAUUACAAGAGGAGUUCUUCGAUCUCGUUGAUUUCUUCCACAAGCAC